UAUCAUAUGACUGGAAGGCUGGCUGAAACUUAUCAGCGAGUCAGUGAAGUUGAAGUUUAUAUAGUUUCAUGUUUUUUCGCAAACUCUUCCGUUAAGUGCACUGAAUUGGUUUGAAUUUUCAUGGCAAAAUCGGUCAGCAUGAAAGAAAUGUUACCUUCUCUACCUGAUGAAAAAAUUGAUAUGCUGGCCGCCACCAGUGUUCUCCAGCAACAGGCAACUGAAAUCCGUAAUCAGCGACCGAACUGGCAACCAUACCUUCAGUCUCAAAUGAUUUCGCAAGAUGACUUUGAUUUUAUCAAUGCAUACGACAAUGCAGACUCAGCUGGUCGCUCCAAAAUCUUGGCAGAAAAUCGCACACAAGCUGCUAAAACCUUCCCCAGCUUGUUAGAACAUGUGUCGAAGGAUCAGACUAUCCAGUACAUUCUAGUUCUCAUCGAUGAUAUGCUUCAGGAGGACAGGUCAAGAGUUGAAAUAUUUGCCGAGUAUUGUGCUAAGAAGAGAGAACCUGUUUGCGGUCAGUUUUUGAACUUGUUAAAUGGAUCUGACGGAUUCAUUGUGAAUAUGUCUGCCAGAAUAAUCGCCAAGAUUGCCUGUUGGAACCCAUCUGCCAAUUUACUCGACAGCUCUGAUCUUCACUUUUACCUGAAUUGGUUGAAUGAACAAUUAAAAUUGAAUGGAGAGUACAUGCAGUCUGUCGGAAGAUGCUUGCAAGUAGUUCUUCGUCACGAUGAAUAUCGUUUGGCUUUCAUCAAAGUUGAAGGGCCUUCAACAUUGUUGAAAGUCCUUGCCUCACGACAAGUAAAUUUCCAAAUUCAGUACCAACUUAUAUUCUGUCUUUGGUUACUGACUUUCAACCCUAAAUUUGCUCAAAAAAUGAACAAAUUAGGCGUCAUUCCAAUCCUAGCAGAUAUUCUCAGUGACUCUGUGAAAGAAAAAGUUACCCGCAUCAUCUUGGCUGUAUUCAGAAACUUAAUCGAAAAACCAGAAGAGCCGAACAUUGCAAAGGAACAUUGUAUCGCAAUGGUACAGAGUAAAGUAUUAAAGCAGCUGAGUAUUUUGGAGCAACGCAAAUUCGAUGAUGAAGACAUUGUAGAAGAUGUUCAGUUUCUCAACGAAAAAUUGCAGGCAUCCGUUCAAGAUUUAAGUUCUUUUGAUGAAUAUGCCACUGAAGUAAAAUGUGGGCGACUAGAGUGGUCUCCAGUCCACCGGUCUGCUCAGUUCUGGAGAGAAAAUGCAGCACGUUUGAAUGAGCGCAACUAUGAGCUUCUUCGCUGUCUGGUCCAUUUACUUGAUACUUCCAAGGAUGCUUUGGUGCUCAGCGUUGCAUCUUUUGAUGUUGGUGAAUACGUCCGUCACUAUCCGCGAGGCAAACAUGUCAUUGAACAGCUAGGAGGAAAACAACUUGUGAUGCAACUUUUAUCUCACGAAGAUCCUAAUGUUCGUUAUGAAGCUCUGCUGGCUGUUCAAAAGUUAAUGGUUCACAACUGGGAGUAUCUAGGACGCCAGCUGGAAAAAGAACAAGGAUCAACAACUACUACAGCUAAAUCUGCAGCUGGAGUACUUGCUGGUAAAAUAUCAUAAGAUUAUCUGGAAGAAGUUGGCUCCCAAUAGUGGAGAGGAACAAAUUCUGCUGUUAUUUGGUGUCAAUCAAUUCUGGUGCCCUUUUAAUUCUUUCUUGAGAAUGAUAUUUCCUCAAAAGGAACUCAUGCUGAUAUCUUCGCAACUAGUUAUGUAGCAAAAAAGUAUGAUGGUGGCACUUUCUCAACUCAUUUAUUGAACGUAAAUUUUUUAGAUUUGUUGUUUUAAAUAAAGUCAUCCAUGAAGCAUGAGCUAAAAUUCGCUUUAGCUGUAAUUAAACAGUGGCAUGAGGGUGUAAUUAAAGCCUCUGAAAACAUUGUAAAUGUCUCCCCAAUGAACGCUUAAUUUAAGUACAUGCAUAAACAAUUUUGUUAGUUUAUGAAUUGGUUGGAACUCACACAAUUUACCAUUCCCCACUUUGAGUAUAUUUUGUAUAAAUUCUAGUUUAGUCUUUUCCAUAAGAAAGUUCUCUAAAGUAGGUUAAUUUGAAAAUCUGUAGUAGCAUUUUUCAACUGAUAGUGACUUCUUCAAGAGUUGCUGUUUUAAUAGUUGUAAUAUUUUUAUUCUUAUUAGCCUCAACUCAACUUUACAAUUGACAGGGUGUGUUGGGAAAAACUACACAAAUCUAAUGCAGCAUUCAUCUUUUUGCACCAUGCCAGUCAGCGGUGCUUAAAUUUUUUAUCGCUGUAAACUGCAUCUUAUUUGAAAUUGGUCACCUCUAAGCCAGUCAAAUAGGCCAGACCAAAUACUAAACGCAGGAAAGUUCAGAGAUAUUUUUUUUUUUUUUGCUGUUUCGUCCAGCCCCUGGACCCCUUAAAAACCAGUAGCUUUUCUCCUCAAGCCUUAGCAGUUAAUCUCAAACAGAAGAUCAAAGAAAAAAUGUCAAUAGGUCGGAACUUAAAGUCGUAAGAUGCUAAACCUAUUUACCAUAAUGCCUAUGAGCGGCUGAUAUCACUUGAUUUAAAAUGACUCUGUUAAUUGUACUUUUUCAACAACUCUUGUGCUGCAGUAUUAGUAUGUAAUUCUUACGUUCAUUGAAAAAAAUCUCUUUGUGCUCCAAGCCACAAAGACGACACAUUAUUAUUUUCCCCAAGUUCAUUCCAUAGCAAUGCCACCUACCCAUGUCUUUGUUAGAUCAUUCUAUGAGAUGUUGAUGAUGUAUUUUUGAUUUGUUAAAUUUUAUUAUUGAAGUAUCAUAUAAUAUUGUUAAUAUUAAAUUAAAUGUUAAAAAGUUA